GUGACGCGCACCUCCCCAUCGCGUCUUAUUUCCGGAUCUCUCACUGUACCCAACGAACUAACACACACCCACAAUGGCCGAAAACAAGGAAGCCGCCCCCGCCCCCGUUGAGGAGAAAAAGACCUCAACCUUCGAGGCCGAUCUCACAAAGUACAAGACCGCGGCAGAUAUCGUGCACCAGGUGCAGAAGAAGCUCGUUGAGCUGGCUGUUGAGGGCGCCAAGGUUCUGGAUCUGUGCCUCGAGGGUGACAAGCUCAUUGAGGCCGGGCUCGGUGGCGUGUACAACAAGCCCGUGAAGGGCGUCCGUACGCCGAAGGGCAUCGCCUUCCCCACCUGCAUCUCCGUCAACAACUGCGUCGCUCACUUCUCCCCCCUCGCUUCCGAUCCCCAGUCUGAGCUCACGCUCGCGAAGGACGACGUCGUUAAAAUCCAUCUGGGUGCACACAUCGAUGGUUUUGCGUCCAUCAGCGCAGAGACCGUCGUCGUCGGCGCGUCUCCGGAGAACCCGGUGACUGGCCGUCGCGCGGAUGUGCUCAAAGCUGCUUGGACCGCUGCUGAGGUCGCGAUGCGCACUGUCAAGGUCGGCAACAAGAACUGGGCAGUAACGGAGGCGGUCGACCGCGCUGCGACGACAUGGAAUUGCAAGCCUGUUGAGGGCAUGCUCUCCUGCCAACAAACCCAGAAUGUCAUCGACGGCAAGAAGCGCAUCAUCCUCAACCCGAGCGAGUCGCAAAAACGCGAGUUUGAGGCAGCAACCUUCAAUGAGGGUGAGGUCUGGGGCAUCGAUAUCCUGAUCUCGUCCAGCGAAGAUGGCAAGGCACGCGUCGAGGACACCCGCACCACGGUCUACCAGCGCGAGUCGACGGUGACGUACCAGCUCAAGAUGAAGACCUCGCGUGCCGUAUUCUCCGACGUGCAAAAGAAGGCAGGCGCGUUCCCCUUCAACAUUCGCGUGCUCGAGGACGAGAAGCGCGCGCGGAUGGGCUUGCAGGAGGCGGUCCAGCACAGCCUGGUGAAGCCGUACGACGUCGUCUACACGCCGUCGAACACCUUCGUCGCCACCUACCACUUUACCAUCGCCCUCCUCCCCGGCGGCCCGUCACUCAUCACGCAGCCGCCCGUGUGGUACAAGCCCGAGCUCGUCAAGACGGAGAAGGAGCUCGAGGACGAAGAGUUGAAGGCGCUGCUGGCAAAGGGGCUGCGCGAGAACAAGAAGUCGAAGAAGAAGGCCGCGAAGGAGGCGGAGACCAAGGAGUCGGCGUAAGCCGCAAGCGAGUGCAAGCGUGAUGAUAAGCCGCAUUCUGGAACGUCGCGAAAGGCGCCGUGCGAUGUGCAUAUGUACUUGUACGAGUGUACGCACCAAGGACUCCUUGUACUUGAAUAACGUCAACAUGUUGUGUGUAUGUAGCCGAAGUCAGUCGUCUUCUUGCUCAC